AUGGGGUUUGCGCAGUGCAAUGGAAAUCUAUGGGAGAUUGAUGACUUCAGCGUCUGCUUCCGAGUAGACUACCUGCAGAUUCUACUCCCUCUGAUCGCCCUGUUCGUUUCCGUUGCGCUUUUGGCCUGGACAAGCAUCUCCCGCCUCCUCAGCUCAUGGUCCAAGUCCAAAGCUAGUUAUCAACAGCUUGCAAGCGAGGACCGACGCCACAGCCAUACCGAUCUUCCUCCCGUGCGGGUCGACGAUUCUGAUGACGAUGAUGGACUUGAGAUUAACGGCGGUCGAUUGGCCCUUGUCAAGACUACCACUCGUGGUUCUAUAGUCCAAGCCGACACACCUACUGGACAAUUGGUUUCGCAGGUCGUAGAGGAACUUGCCAUCGCUGGUCUCAUUGCUGUAAACAUUCUUCAGCUAAUUGAAGGCAGCAAGGGGCGUAACAGCCGUCCGGCAGCUAUUACUGGUUUGCUGAUUUGGAUCUACGUUUUCAUCCUCUCGACUCUGCGUCUGGUGCUUGGUGCUCUGAAACGACGCGGUCCUCAUCUCUGGAACCACACAGCUUUUCUCUACAGCUUCAACUGGGUUCUUUCACUCUUUCUUUUUCGAUCCGCCUUCCUCCAAGAUGACAUUAGCCGAACCGACAAGAUCACAACGAUUGUGGAGUUUGCAUUUAUUACACUCCUUUUCUUAAUGGCAAUGACCACUAGAAAGGGCAACAAAACAGUUCGCUUGGAAUGGGAGGACGGAAUUGAACCCUCGCGCGAGCCAUUGGCCAGUCUGUUUUCUCUGGCUGUGUUUGGCUGGGUUGAUGCGAUCGUCUACAAGGGCUGGAAGGCUCCAAUGGAAAUGGAGCAUGUCUGGAACCUGUUGCCCAAGGACAAGGCCGCUGCUGUUAUUGCUGAUUACCGCCAGAUGAAACGAACUGGUUCUCUGGCGGUGCAUCUGCUCAAGUACUUCAAGCGGGACCUGCUGAUUCAAUGCGCCCUCGCGGUCCUCGCUGGCCUCUUUACGUUUGCGCCAACCCUUCUUUUGAAGGUGAUUCUCGAGUUUGUUGAAGACUACAAUGCAGGAUUGAAGAAACAAACCGAAACAAACCUACCGAUCAAUGUCAUCUGGCUUUAUGUCAUUGGCCUUCCUGUAGUCGAUUUAAUACGUUCAUACGCCGAUAACCAAGCUCUCUGGAUUGGUCGAAAGAUCUGCAUCCGUGUCCGAGCUCUUAUUAUCGGCGACAUCUAUGCCAAAGCGCUGCGUCGCAAGGCUUCCACAGGCAAGGACAAGGUGCUGCUUGAAGAUAAAGCUAGCCCCGCCAAGGAAGACGAGACACAGAAUGGUUUUGUUGGAAAGAUUAAGCGGGCCUUGAGCAUGAAGAAGGACGAUAAGAAAGCUUCUCCCAACGAUGCCGAAUCUGCCAACGAGAGUAUCAAGGACGACAAGAAAGACGAUUCUGGCGACGAGCAGGCCAAUCUGGGUACCAUUAUCAACCUCAUGUCUAUCGACAGUUUCAAGAUUUCCGAAGUCACUGCCUACCUGCACUUUCUGUGUGCUUCCGCUCCUACGCAGCUGGUCAUUGCCGUUGUACUGCUCUGGCAGGUCAUGGGUCUUAGUGCUAUCCCUGGCAUCAUCGUCAUGGUCCUUCUCCUGCCUGUCAACUACGGCCUCGCUCGGGGUUUCACCAUCACUUCGAAGAGAAUUCUUGCAGCCACCGACAAACGUACUAAUGUCACCAACGAGGUCUUGCAAAACAUUCGCAUCAUCAAGUACUUUGCCUGGGAACAGCGUUUUGGCCGCAUCAUUGACGAGAAGCGUCAGCUGGAACUCAAGGCUCUGCGUUCGAGGUUCAUGGUCUGGGCACUGGCUGUAGCUAUCUGGAACUCCGUGCCCGUCCUCAUCACCUUCUUCUCGUUCCUUGUUUACACGGUCGUUGAGAAAAAGCCCCUGAAACCGUCCAUCGCCUUUACAGCCAUGUCGCUCUUCAUGCUCCUCCGUGUCCCGCUGGACCAGUUUGGUGACAUGUUCGCCCACGUCCAGGAAACCAAGGUUUCUAUCGAUCGUGUGGAAGAUUUCCUUCAGGAGGAGGAGACCGACAAGUACAUUCAGCUUGGCUUGGAUAAUGUGGAUGACGAAGGUGUCAGACGAAUUGGUUUCAACAAUGCUACUCUUACGUGGGGUAGCAAAGACACUGUUGCUGAGGAUAGUGCCCGUGCUUUCCGACUCAUGGAUCUGGAUAUUGAUUUCAAGAUUGGUAAACUGAACAUCAUCGCAGGCCCUACAGGGUCUGGAAAGACAUCCAUGCUGAUGGGACUUCUUGGUGAAAUGACGCUGCUAGAAGGAGGCGUCUACUGUCCCGGUGGCCGCAGCCGAGAAGAUGUUCAUCCUGAUCCUGAGACUGGUCUCGCCAACACGAUCGCCUAUGUCGCACAAUCUGCUUGGUUGGUUAACGCAAACGUGCGCGAAAACAUCCUCUUCUCUGCGCCAUUUGACGAGCAACGGUACCGCAAUGUCAUUGUGGCUUGUGCACUGGAACGCGAUCUCCAGAUUCUCGACCACGGCGACGAAACAUUGGUCGGAGAGAAGGGUAUCACGCUUUCUGGUGGACAGAAGCAACGUAUUUCCCUUGCUCGUGCCCUCUACUCCAACUCUGCCCAUCUGCUACUUGACGACUGUCUCAGCGCUGUUGACUCGCAUACCGCGCAAUGGAUCUUUAGCAACUGCAUUCGUGGCCCCCUUAUGAGGAACCGUACUUGUAUCCUCGUCACACACAACACGACCCUUUGUGUUCCCUCUUCCGACUAUGUAGUCCUUCUCGAGAAUGGCCGAGUUGAUAUCCAAGGUCCAUCAGCUGAGGUUAUUGCUUCUGGCAAGCUUGGUGAGGAGAUUCAAAAGUCUCGUCCCGGCUCAGCCAACCCCUCGCGCAUUCCUUCUCGUGUUCCCUCAAGCGUCGGCGAUGAUGAAACCACUGUUAACGGCCAAGGUGAUGCUCUCGAUGGUGUGGAUUGCUCUAAGAAGGACGCACAGAACAAACCCAAGAAGGAUGCCAUGGAAGAAACCAAGGCCACUGGGUCAGUCAAGUGGCCCGUUCUCAAGCUGUACCUUCAGUCCAUGGGCCCCUGGUGGUUCUGGAUUGUCGCCCUCUUCGUCUUUAUUUCUCAGCAGGUUUCUGGAUUGGCCACCAAUCUCUGGGUCCGUGUAUGGGCGAACCAGUACGUCAAUGGUACACCAGAGUCGAAGGUCGCGCCGGCUAUGUACUCUUCCACGCAAUUCAACGCUGUCGGCUUUGCCAACGUUGUCCGACUCGGCUCUGCGGAAGACCUGAAGCCUCUCGAUGGGUCCUUUUCUGCGCAAGGCCACCCGCAUGGGGUCAAUGCCAUGUACUACUUGUCGGUUCUCGCUGCUAUUGGAAUUGCCGGUGCCAUGGCAGCCCUCUUCAGAGAUCUCUGGAUCUUCCUGGGUUCGUUGACGGCAUCAAAGGGCAUUCACGAUCGAUUGAUAGCAUCUGUGACGCGAGCCAAGUUCAAGUUCUUUGAUGUCACGCCACUGGGCCAGUUGAUGAACCGAUUCAGCAAAGAUCUGGAGGCGGUCGAUCAAGAAAUUGCACCUGUGGCAAUUGGAGUCAUCAGCUGUGGCAUUUCUCUGAUGAUGACGGUUGGCCUGAUUGCAUACAUCACACCCAAGUUCUUGUAUGCCGCUUUUGGUAUUGCUAUUCUGUUCUACCUCAUCGCCGCAUUCUACCUCCGAGCUUCUCGCGAUCUGAAGCGUCUUGAGGCAGUCCAGCGCAGUCCUCUGUUCCAGCAAUUUGGAGAAACAUUGAGUGGCAUGACAACCAUUCGAGCUUAUGGUGACGAGCGACGAUUCAUCCGGGACAAUCUGGAAAAGAUCAACACUCAGAGUCGACCCUUCAUUUACCUGUGGGCAUGCAAUAGAUGGCUGGCCUUUAGGGCUGAUCUUGUGGGAGACUUGGUAGCUUUCUUUGCCGGCAUGUUCCUUAUCCUUAACCUUGGUAAGACGGAUGCUGGUGCCGCGGGUAUUUCCCUGAGCUACGCAUUGAGCUUCACCGAGAGUGUGCUGUGGCUUGUACGCCUUUAUGCCAUUAACGAGCAAAACAUGAACUCUAUGGAACGCAUCAAGGAGUAUCUCGACGUUGAGCAAGAGGCAGAAGCUGUUAUUGAGGACAACCGACCUCCAGCAGACUGGCCUCGUAAGGGGUCGGUCGAGUUUGUGGACUACACCACAAGUUACCGAAAGGAGCUCAGCCCUGUCUUGCAGAACAUUACGCUCAAGAUUGAGCCGCAGGAAAAGGUUGGUAUCGUCGGAAGAACAGGUGCAGGCAAGAGUUCUCUGGCCCUGGCGAUUUUCCGAGCGCUAGAGGCAGACAAGGGCAAGAUUCUCAUCGACGGACUUGAGAUUGGCAGCAUUGGUCUGCAGGAUCUCCGAGAGAACAUCACCAUUGUGCCUCAAGACCCUACAUUGUUCCACGGCACGAUUCGAAGCAACCUGGAUCCAUUCGAUCAAUACACAGAUGAUCAGAUCUUUGCGGCGCUUCGACGAGUACAGCUCAUUGGUCCUGAUGAGCCUCUAACAUCACCACCUACGCCGACACAAACACCUGGCUCACCAAGCUCACCAACUGCCAAGACCAACAAGAACCUCUUCUUGAAUCUUCAAUCGCCAGUCGCGGCAUCAGGCUCGAACUUGUCCCAAGGACAGCGCCAGCUUCUGUGUCUUGCUCGAGCCAUGCUCAAGUCUCCCACAGUGUUAGUCAUGGACGAAGCCACAGCAUCCAUCGACUACGCCACCGACUCAAAGAUCCAAGAAACAAUCCGCGAGCUCACAGGCACAGUCAUCACAAUUGCCCAUCGACUAGCGACCAUUGUGGACUACGACAAGGUGCUCGUUCUCGACAAGGGUGAGGUGGUGGAAUAUGCUCACCCAUGGGAACUCAUCAAUAAUAAGGAUGGUACGUUCCGCAGCAUGUGCGAGAUGAGUGGUGAGCUGGAUGUUCUCCUCAAGGCGGCGAAGAAGAAGUGGGAUUCUGGACGCUUGGUGGAUGUUGAUCCAUAG